CGGGGACUCCUCCUCCUGCCCAGAGCAUCGGUGUGCGAUGGGGCUGGGAGCGGGCCGGGAGGCUUAGCCCCGCUCUGGCCGGGAGCCAUGCCCGCGGGGAACGGCACGGGCACCUCCAGCCGCCUGGAGCCCGCGGCGCCCGAGCAGGAGGUGCCGGGCGAGCGGCCCCUCUUCAGCGCCGGCACCUACGAGCUGCUGGCGCUGCUGGUCGCCACCAUCGGCAUGCUGGGCUUGUGCAACAACUUGCUAGUGCUGGUGCUCUACUAUAAGUUCAAGCGGCUCCGCACGCCCACCAACCUCUUCCUCGUCAACAUCAGUCUCAGCGACCUGCUGGUGUCGGUCUUCGGCGUGAGCCUUACCUUCAUGUCCUGCCUGAGGAGCCGCUGGGUGUGGGAUGCGGCCGGCUGCGUCUGGGACGGCUUCAGCAGCAGCCUCUUCGGAAUUGUUUCAAUUAUGACUCUCACUGCUCUUGCCUAUGAACGCUACAUUCGAGUGGUCCAUGCGAAGGUGAUUGACUUCUCUUGGUCUUGGCGGGCUAUCACAUACAUCUGGCUGUACUCACUAGCCUGGACUGGAGCGCCUCUUUUGGGCUGGAACAGAUACACACUGGAAAUUCAUGGAUUAGGUUGUUCGGUGGACUGGAAGUCAAAAGACCCUUAUGAUACCUCCUUUGUGCUCCUUUUUUUCCUUGGCUGUCUAGUAGCACCUGUUGGGAUCAUGGCCUAUUGCUAUGGUCAUAUUCUGCAUGCAGUAAGAAUGCUUCGCUGUGUAGAAGAUUUCCAGACGGUUCAAGUCAUCAAGCUUCUAAAAUAUGAGAAGAAGGUGGCUAAAAUGUGUUUCUUGAUGAUCUCCACGUUCCUUAUUUGUUGGAUGCCCUAUGCAGUGGUCUCCCUCUUGAUAACGUAUGGCUAUAGCAACCUUGUAACUCCAACAGUAGCUAUCAUCCCAUCUUUCUUUGCCAAGUCAAGCACUGCUUAUAAUCCAGUUAUCUAUAUCUUCAUGAGUAGAAAGUUUCGACACUGCCUUUUGCAACUCCUGUGCUUUCGCCUGAUGAGAUUCCAGAGGACAAUGAAAGAGACACCAGCAACAGGGAGUGACAAACCAAUACGACCAAUAGUUAUGUCUCAGAAAGCAGGGGACAGGCCAAAGAAGAAAGUGACUUUCAGCUCUUCCUCUGUCAUUUUUAUUAUCACCAGUGAUGACACUGAGCAAAUAGAUGACAGCAGUAAACACAAUGAGACAAAAGUAAAUGUCAUCCAAGUAAAGCCACUGCAGGGAUGAACUGAAGAGACAUGAGAAUGAGAUGGAUUUCAGCCAGUAGACUGUUGAGGCUGGAGACUGGUUUCAGUGGCAAUGUCUGUGGGCUGCCAAAGGAAACUAUAUUCUUAAGCUGUGAAAUACUGAAGGGAUUCAGCAUCUGAAGCUCUCCAAGUAGUUCACUUUCGGUCACAGUACGGAAAUCUCUGCUAAAAUUGUUGAUGGAUGUCAUUACUCUAAAUUUUCUUAAAGCAUAUUUUAUGAUUGCCAUUCAGAACUUUUGGUAUUUUAAUGUUUUCUGUAUACUGAGCCUUCAGUGAAUAAUUAAAUGGAUCUUAUUUAUAUAAUUUUGUUCUUGGUGAAAUAUUUUUUUUCCCCACCAACUAGGACAUGAUCUGAUACUGUUGCUUGUUGGAUACAUCUUGAAGGGAAGUACUAGGUCCUGAGAAAAAAAUAGUAUUUCAGUAUUUCAGUUAACCUUUCUAAAGAACAAGUAGAGGGUUUGUAAACAGAAACUACCCACUGUUCAGAUUUAUGAAGAUAAAAUUUGAGUAAUUAACAAUAACAGUGUGCAAUUCUUCAUUAAUUGAUGUACAACAUAUUUACCACACUGACAAUCAUGUAACAGUAUAUGAAAACUAAAAACUAGCAGUUGUGGUAAAUUUCUUAUCUUAGCUACUCUGUUUGAAGGGCAGUGAAAUGAGCCAAAACUUCAUGAAAUGAUUUUCAUUGAAAUUGCAAGAUUUCGUUUCCUUUCAUGAAAGGAAAGGAAAUGAGAAAUCAAGGAAUGAAGUGAAAUGGAAAGACAAGAAAGGAAAUAUGAGGAAAUGAAAUGAAAUUGAAAAAAAGAAAAUUCUUAGGAGAAUUUUGAAAUGGAAUGGAAUGAAGUACCAUGAAAUGAACCAAAACUUCAUGAAGUGAUACUCAUUGAAAUUGCAAGGUUUCAUUUCCUUUCAUGAACUGAAGAAAUUUCAUCACAGCAGGGUACCGAGAUUGCUCACUGUACACUUUUGGAAUCUGGGCCAGCCAUGGUGAUGGGGAUCGCAGCAGCAGCCACAAGUUGCCAUUAGGGUUUGGGUUAGGCUUCAGAGAGCUGCAGGGCCUCCAGGGACACUGGCAGUCAAAAAGGCAGUGCAAAGGCAUCACAGCAGGGUGGCAGCAUUGCCAACUCCACUCUUCUGAAUCUCUGCCCCCUCUGGUGAUAAGGACCCCUGCCACAGUGCCAAGCUGCCUUUGGGGUUAGAGUUAGGGUUGAGAGAGUAAAGGAGCCUAUAGCUCCAGGAACACUGGGGCUGGAAAAGGCUUGUCAAGGCGAUCCCCACAGGGCCCCAACUUAGCUGCUCCUACAGCAGGGUAUAUAAUUAAUGAAGAUUUUAGAUAAACUAGUUGGUAAGAACAUUCAUGAUCCUGACAUGCAAAGGGAAGUUAUGGGUGUGGUGAGUACCAUAAUAACCUCAGAGCAAAUUAAUUUCUUUUAGGGAUGUUUCAUUGAUAUCAUGCAUUACUAGAAAAAUACAUAUGAUGAUUUAGCUAAAAUACCAUUUUUAAUCUGCAAAUGCAGAGGCCUCAGUUGGCUUGUUGCCUCCCAGCACCUGGUGUGUCAAGACUCUCUUGGGAGGCAUUUCAGCAUCUCCUUUGUGCUGGGGAAGGGAUCCCCUCUCACCCUGUGUUUUGAGGCAGUCAUGAAUCCUGAAGCUGUGCCCACUGACUUACCUGUGCCGGGGCUUCUGCUGCUGUGCUGGAUCCCAUGGAGGCAAGACACUGCGGAAUGGGAACAGAUCUGCUGCACAGCCAUGUGACCUUCCUCCCUUUUCAGCUCCCAGCAGAAACUAGAUUUGUGCUGAGUGUAUCUAACUUCAUUGCAGAAGAGUUGGGCCUUAUACUACUAUGACUGUUUUUUAUCACAAUGAUUACAUCAGUCAGGAGAUCAGUAUUCACAAGCAUACCCUUUUUGCUCUUGUCCCCUGCAUAACAUCAGUCUCCUGCUGCUGUUUCCUGCUAGAAUACUGCAUCAGCUAAGUGAAAUGGAUAUGCAACCACUAUACUGUGCUAAACCACCCAGAAAGAACAGCUUUUAAGAAUACACUUAUCCUUGGCUUAUAUAAACAACCUUCAGCUCAAGAAUGGAAUUUGACUGUCUAAUAUCCAGAGGUAAGAGAUGAGAAAAACCUGGCUAUGACGAUGGAAGAUUUCACAAACUCAUACUCGAUGCACAUGCAAACAUCUCAGUUUGAAAAUAUCUGCAGUCAGGUAUUUCUUUUGUCAGUCUGUGUCACCACAGUUACAGAGUGUUAUUUGUUGUCUCUCAAGAAGGAAAAAAGGAGGGGCGUGAGGCUGGAACUGUCCCGGAGAAUGGGAAUGCCUGUUCCUGCUGCUGCUUAAGGUUGGCAGUAGGUGCCCCUUUGGGGUUGGACCGGUACUGGCACAUGCCCCCGUCCCUCCCUCGGUGGCAGCAAAAACGGGAUGAGAAGCAAGAGGGAGAAGCGCACAGCUGAUCUCCGUUUUUUUUCUGCCGCAGGCAAACGCCGCAGCCUUUGAGUUCCACUUGCCUGAUGCCCAAGGCUGCCUUGCCUGCUGCUCUGACCUGGCUCUACAUUCCAUUUAUCCAGCUCAAAUAAAAAGAGUGCUUUUUUCUUGCUCUCUCCUGACCAGAUUAGUGUUGAAAAAAAACUUGUAACACGUUAAAUCUGAAGAGGAAAUUAACUGAUUUUUAGUACAAAAGAGAAGGCACGUUAUUAACAGACUUGGCAUGAAGCGUUGCCUGGCCCUGGCCCUUUUCCCUCGCGUUUCCUUGCAUUUUCCAGCAGUGUUUGCGCUCCCUCUUGUGGCUUGCUCAGCCCGGUACCUGCUGACUGAAUAAUGAGCCUGGCUUCCUAAAAACCUGUUUUUCUUGCAUGUUUCCUCUGCAUAUGGGCAGAUUCACUGUUUCAUGUCUAUUAUAUUUUGUUUAUAUUGCAUAUACUUCUGUCUUUGAAAAAGUAUAGGAAAUAGAUAUCUGUAACUAAUA